AUGGAGCCGCCCGCUGGCAGUCGGCUCGAUGCUUCGCCCUCUCCCUCACACCACCUCGGCGUGACGCGCAGCUUUGCACACGCCGUUGCCUCACGCCUGACCCGUCGACGAUAUGUCGCCAAUGUCGUCUCCCGCUUUGCCAACCGCCGCUUCGCCUUUGCCGUCGCGACAGUCUCCAUAUACAGCGCCAAGGGCGUCCACAUCUAUACACAUCUAUCUUCAUUACCCCUCGUCCACCUGGUGCGAUGGGGGUAUUCUUUCUUUGCGCAGGACGUUACGCUGUUGGUCCUCGUCCGGCUGCUGCUUGACCCUUGGUUGACGGAGGGCACUGGCUGGUUGCGCACUGCGACGAUGACUAUGGCAUCCAUAAUCCUCACAUAUCUCAUCACCGUAGGGGUUGUGACAGUCACCUUCUUCGCUGUGUGCGGCUCUGAGAUCCAUUGGCGCAACAUUGGCCUGGCGGGCGACGCCUCCUCCUUCGCAAUGUUCCUCUCCGGUCUUGCGUCGCUGGUCCUGGUGCUUUUCACCGUGCUGUUCGUCGCCUGCAUCAUGCAAGACAUUUGCUACGUCGCCGCGGGCAUAGCCACCGACAUCCUCAAGUGGCCUAUUUCUUUUGCUCUGCGCCGUUCUUCAUCCUCGGCAGCCACUUACUCCCAGGUUCCUCAGCUCGACGUCGAACUUGCCAACACAUUUGAUGAUCUGGAGGACGACGAGGAUUUCUGCAACAUGAAAAGCAAGACGUCAGUCACCAUUCUGAGGCGGCUGCUCUACGUCUUCAUCGGCUGCGCACUUCUUACCCAUGUUGUGCUGAUUCUCAUUCGGCCAAACGAGAGUGCCUUGAACUUCUUAUCCUGGACUCCAGCGCUUCUUCCCUUUGUCGAUUUCUCCUUUUCGUCUCCCAGUCUAGACCAUCUCGAGCCCGUUUACAAUACCGGCAUCGGGCGCUCCUGGGACAAUCGCACUGCCUUGACCGAUCCCGUGUCUUUCCCCUGGCUUCCACGGAGGCACAUUCCUGGAUUUGGAGACUGGUACAAGAACCACAAGCAUUACAAUGCUGCUGCGGAUCCUCUCAAGAUCUCCAACCUGCAGGACUCGCUUCUUCCAGCGCUGGAGGAUAAGCUCGCCGACGUGCCGAUCCGCCAUGUCAUGCUCAUUCUCCUCGAAAGCACGCGAAAGGAUGUCUUUCCGUUGAAGAAGGAUGGCCUUAUCUGGAAUCGCCUGUCCAAUUCAUACAGCAACGGGACCUUACCCGAAGAAGCUCAAGCCAUGCUCGCUGGCCUCACCUCCAACGCCAAUUAUAUCACGGGCGACUAUAACGACGGAUUCGAACACAAAAGCAAGAAGAAGCGGGGUGGCAUCAGCUUCAGUAACGCCCUCACCACUGCUACCUAUACCAUCAAGAGCAUCGUCGGCACAAUGUGCGGUCUUACGCCGCUCAUGGCAGAUUUCAACCUGGAGUACCUCCACCACUUUUAUCAGCCAUGCUUGCCCCAGGUUUUCGACGCCCUCAACAAGCUGGACAAUGACGAUGCCGAUGCCGACAAAGAGGGCGCCAAGGAUUUUACGUCAUUCAAAUGGCACUCUACCUUUAUGCAGUCUGUCACCAAAAACUACGAUAGAUAUGUGCCUCUUCUGUCCUCCAUGGGCAUAUCCCCCGACAACCUCGUCUCCAAAGAAUACCUCAAGAGUCGUUUUGCAAAGUUUGGUCCCGUCGACCUGCCAGACAUUAACUACUUCGGCAUGGCCGAUAUCGCCGUCGAGGACUACAUUCGCGACGCCUUCGUCCAGGCCAAGAAGAAGAACGAGCGGGCCUUUGUCACUCACCUAACUAGCACCAGCCAUCAUCCGUUUGCGAUCCCGGCCGAUGAGCCAUACACACCCCUAGGUAGUGGCUUGGACGAUAUUUCCCACUAUAUCAAUGCCAUUGGCUACGAUGACCGAUGGUUGGGCAAGAUCAUGAAGAUCCUGGACGAGGAGGGCGUUGCCGACGAGACUCUUGUAGUGUUUGUUGGCGAUCACGGAGUGUCGAUGCCUGAGAAUAACAUCCUGGCGCCCUAUUACAAUCCCAACAUUGGCACUCUUCGCGUGCCUCUGGUCUUUUCGCACCCAAAGUUGCCGGCAAUCGAAGUCGACGACGCAAUCAUCUCGUCGCAGAUUCUCCCCACCAUCCUCGAUCUGCUUCGCGAAACCGGUUCGCUCUCCAAGUCGCAGACGCGUGCCGCUUCGGACCUGGUCCAAAACUAUGAAGGCCAAUCGCUCAUUCGGCCAGUCCAUACUUCCAACAACGAAACCGGCCAGGGCAACUGGCAAUUUACCGUCGUCAAUCCGGGUCGCGCCAUGCUGAGCAUCCGCGACGCUCGUCAGCCUGACUGGCACCUCGUCGUGCCCAUCAUCGACAAUGUCGAGUGGCAGUUUACGAAUCUAAUGAAGGAUCCUACGGGGGCACGAACCCUGCUCGGGUUCGACUUUGUGAAUUUCAUGUACAGCGUUGAGAACACACACGGCGUCGACGCCGCGAAAUGGGUCGAAGAAGCUGCAUUUAUGGCCCGCUGGUGGGUCGAAGAGAAUGGAAAGCGAUGGCGUUAUGGUCCCUAUGCCCACUAA